AUGGCUGACGAGGUCCCCAGCACGCCGCCGGGGGGCCCACCCGCAGCGCAGGAGGGGGAAAAGGAAGGGCCGCCUUCGCCAGUGGUGCCGGUGCCGCGCGGCGCUGUCCCGCAACUGCUGGAGCUGCUAGACUCGGAGCGCUCGCUGCGCAAGCCGCCCCGCACCUGGCUGAUCGCAUCGAGCGUGAGCGCACUGGUGGCUACGUUUGCAGUCCUGGUGCUGCUGCUGCGCCAGUGGCACCCGCCAGCCGGCAGACAAGCGCCCUUCGACCCAACGCGCCACUCUACUGAGGUGGGCAUGGUCGCCUUCGGCUGCGCAUUCAUCCUGUUCACGUGUUCCCUCAUCUGCCGCACCGACAAGGAGAAGAGAACCGCGGCGUUCCUGGUGUGUUACAUUAACGCAAUCGCAUUCAGCACCAACAUGCUGCUGUAUUACUCCGCCACGCCCGUUGUCCUCGACUUCUUUGGCCGGCCCUGCUUCCCGGUGCGCUACGUGCAGUGGCUGCACACGACGCCCACCAUGAUCUUCAUGGCCGCCAAGAUCUCCUCCUUCACCAGCCCCCAGGUGGUCGUGGCUGUCUUGUACGACAUGCUGAUGCUGGCCACCGGCCUGACCGCGUCGCUGGCGCCGUCGUGGCCCGUCAUGGCCGCCGCCAUCUCGUGCUCCUGCGCCGCGUUCCUCGCGGUGCUCGUCCUCGUGUGGAACAUGUUCCGCAGCGCGCUGCGCGAGGCGCGCGACCUGGCGAGCUACCGCAACCUGCAGUUCCUGCAGGCGCACAUGGUGUUCACGUGGAACAUCUUCCCGCUCGUGUGGGCCCUCUCCGCGCUCCACGUCAUCACGCCCGAGACCGAGGCGUACCUCUACCUCGCAGGCGACCUCUCCGCCAAGGUGGUGUUCAGCGCGCUGCUGCUGGAGGGCAGUUUUUUGAGCAUCGAGGAGAAGCGGCGCGCGGCGGCCGCGGUGCAGGAGGAGAACAGCAAGAACGCGCUGAUCGCGGAGCUGCGGCAGGCGGUCAGCCAGAAGGACCGCUUCCUCGCCUCCGUCUCGCACGAGCUGCGCACGCCGCUCAACGGCAUCAUCGGCCUCUCCGACACCGUCCUGCAGGGGUCGUGCGGGCCGGUGACGGAGGUGCUGUUGCACACGCUGGGGACCAUCAAAAAGAGCGGGCACCGACUGCAGAACCUCGUCAACGACAUUCUGGACGUGAGCAGCGCGCGCAGCGGCCCGCUGGUGCUGCGGUACGACCGCGUGAAGCUGCGGCCGUGCGUGGACCACGUGCUGGACCUCACCACGCCGUCGCUCAAGUGGUCCGUCAAGCUGCACAACGACGUGCCGGCGGGUUUGCCGGAGCUGCAGUGCGACCCGGCGCGGCUGAUCCAGGUGCUGCACAACAUAGUGGGCAACGCAGCCAAGUUCACCGACGAAGGCGAGAUCCGCGUGAGCGCGCGGCUGCGCAAGAACCAGACCGGGCAGGACGUCGUGGCCGUCACCGUCAAAGACACCGGCAUCGGCAUCCCCGCGGAGCGCAUCGCCGAUAUCUUCAGCGCGUUCGAGCAGGGCAGCGACGCGAUCGUGCAGCAGCACGGCGGCACGGGCCUCGGGCUGUCCCUCGCGGAGACGCUCGUGCGCGCGCACCACGGCUCCAUCUCCGUGACGUCACGCCUCGGCGAGGGGUCCGCCUUCACUUUCGUGCUGCCGCUCGUGCAGCCCAAGCGCGAAAAGGAAGAGAGCGCCCCCGAGGAGCCUGAGCCCUCGCGCUCGCGCCCGCCGAGCGCGCCCUCCCCGCAGCGCGAGGCGGAUCGGCGCGAGCGCGCGAGCAGCAGCGCGGACUCGGCGGCGUCGGACGGCGAGGCGGCGCCCAAGUUCGCGCGCAGCUCGCUCACCAAGUUCCAGCGCGAGUCCGCGUCGGGCUACACGCUCAAGCAACAGAUCACGGGGCACUGCGCGAGCGAGGGGUUCGAGGACGGCGCGGGGCGGCUGCACCGGUCGUUCUUCGACGUGAACGGGCAGUACGAGAUCCUGUCGGUGGACGACGACCCGGUCAACCAAAUGGUCGUCGAGGGCAUGCUGCGGCCCGCGGCGUACAAGAUCACGAAGAAGAUGGACGGCAUGGAGGCGCUGGCGUACCUGGAGCGCAGCGACACGACGCCGGACCUCAUCCUGCUGGACGUCAUGAUGCCGGGCCUCUCCGGAUACGAGGUGUGCCGCAAGGUGCGGCAGAUGUUCCCCGCGAGCGCGCUCCCGGUGAUCAUGGUGAGCGCCAAGAGCCAGGAAGGGGACAUCGUGGAGGGGCUCAAGGCGGGGGCCAACGACUACCUCACCAAGCCGUUCAAGCGGCUGGAGAUCUUGGCGCGCAUCGAGACGCAGCUGAAGAUCAAGAAGCUGUGGAAGGUGGAGAUGGAGGCCGCCAAGAGCUACCAGCUGCUCAAGAAGAUGCUGCCCGAGUCCAUCAUCCACCGCCUCAACUCGGGCCAGUCCCUCAUCGCGGACUCCCACCCCGAGGUGACGAUCCUGUUCAGCGACAUCGUGGGCUUCACCGAGAUCGCGGGCUGCUCGCGCACGGCUGACCUCAUCUUCAUGCUCAACGACAUGUUCACCGGCUUCGACGAGCUCGUCGACAAGCACGGCGUCUACAAGGUGGAGACGAUCGGCGACGCGUACAUGGUGGUGGCGGGCCACGACGGCGCGGCGGACCACGCGGGCCGCGUUCUGCGUAUGGCGAUGGACAUGCUCGCGCUCGUGCACGCCAUCAAGCAGCCCAACCAGCGCGAGUCGGUGCGCAUCCGAAUCGGGGUGCACUCCGGGCCAGCAUACGCAGGCGUGAUCGGCGUCAAGUGUCCGCGGUACUGCUUCUUCGGCGACACGGUGAACACGGCGAGCCGCAUGGAGAGCAACGGCUACGCGCAGGCCGUGCACUGCAGCCCCGCCACGCACGACCUCACCAAGCACCUCUUCGACUUCGCAACCGUGCCCCGGCGGCACAUCAAGGGCAAGGGCCCCAUGGAGACGUACUUGCUGAAGCACGGCGAGUGGGAGCUCGCACACCGCGCGCUGCUUGCCGACGCCGCGGCCGCGCCGCCGCUGGAGCGCGCGGGUACGGGNUGGUGGCUGGANAUGGCGGUCGGGGGACGCGUCCCCGAGGACAAAGGGAAGGAGGACGGCGAGAAGAGCGCCGAAGAGAAAGCGCCGGCCCAGAGCGAAACAGAAAACAGGCUUUCCGACUCCCGGAUCCGGGCAAGCUCCGAACCUGUUCCGCCGCUGCGGCAAGAAGUGGAUAAGAGGCCCCCGGUGCAGGAUCCCGGGACUCAGCCAAGCUCCAAACUCGCGGCCGAUGAGCCGCCGGGGGUGUCCCCGGUCGCGGACGCGUCCGCCCGGGCGCGCUUCACGAGCCUGCGCAUCACUCCCCCGGGGGGGCCGCUCCACCCGGCGUCCCCACGCAUCCGCUCCCCCCUCUCGCGCAGCUACUCGUCCCCCGACCUGAAAGUGCUCAUCAACCGGGAGGCGUUCCAAGCGGCGUACCCCGAGUCCAGCCCCUCCCUGGAGGGGAUGUCUCCGGCACCCGCAAACGGGACGCCGAGCCCGAAGCCGAGCGUGCGGUCCACGUCGGCAGGGGGAUCCCUGGGGUCGACGCCCGUAAGUGAGAGCGAGCGGCGCGUGAGCGACGGCAGCCCGAAGCUGGAGCUCCACAGCACCAAGUUCGUGCAGGUCGGCAAGACGGCCUGGGUGUUAAAGCGCCCGCCCUCCAUAUCCGGUGCGAAAGGCGACCCCGCUGCCCCGAUUGUCGGCUUCGGGGUCGCCGGAAAGGCGGCCGCACCGCCGGCCGCCAAGGACACCCGGAUGGAGCACCUGAAGAUGAUGCUGGGCAGCGACCCGGGGAGCUACGUCCGGCGGCUGUCGGACACCAGCAUCAUAUCCGAUUUGGACGGUCCGCACGAGGACGGGGGGCCGCCGGAGAGAGGCACGGCGCCCGCGGGUGUGCCGGCAGCGGACGGAAGCCGGACGAAGGCGGAAUCUGAACGUGCUGGGCGCCCGGCGGAGACGUCUCUCGCCAAGGAAACGCCAAGUGCAAAGGACUCGGAAGUCAAAGCACACACGACGAAACCAACGGCUGAGAAGAGUCCACCGUCGACUGAUGACGUCAGCCGCGGGGCACCCAAGCGGGAGGAGAAGCGAAAGGAGGAACAAGCAACGGAGAAGGCCCCCCCGCGCAGCCUGCCCGUGAUGGUGCAACGCAACCUGGCGGCGGCCCUCGAGGGCCCCGCGGCUGGCGGCGGCGGCGUGUUGGGCGCGUCCGGAAGUCUCCGCCAGUACUCGCGCGUGUCGCGCACGGAGCUGGUGUGCCUGGCCGCCUCCUCUUGCGGCUUCUCGGACCCGCACAGCCGUGACGUCAGCAACUCGGGCACUCCCGAGGGCUCCAAGCGGCCGUCUUUCGAGACGCCGGAAGGGUCCAAGCGGUCGUCUUUGGAGGAGAGGGAUCCCCCGGUCGGGGGCCCUGUUGCAGACCCGGCACAUGACAAGGGGUUCUCGCACCUGCGCCCGGGGCAGGACGACCGAGCACCCCCCGGCGUGGAGCAGCAAGUUUGUGGGAGAGUAGGAGAGCCCGGUAGAAAGCCCCGGUGGUCAGGGCGGGAUCCGAGCCCGCUGAAGCCGCGCCCGGACAUUGCGGGGAUCCCCCUGAACUUAACCCGGUUGGAAGAGGAGGUCAAGCCACUGGCGUUGCCAUUAGCUGACAGGAGCAUGGCGAACGUCGAAGAAGAGUUCCCUGUGGUUACUAAGCCGAGUCUCGAGAACGGAACCGGAACCGAAGCGAACGGAACGCUGUCGAACGACCAAGGCGUGAGUAGCGACGACGAGCAGGUUGCUCCCCUCACAGCGAAAAAAGACGGCAGCAGGAGCCCAGAGAGGUCGCCCCGUAGGUACACAGACUUCGCUCCAGCUCCGCUGCGCGUCGCAACGAGUUCCGCCCACGCAGCGCAUCGCCGCAGCGUCAGCCAGUGGCUGCCCGAGCGGAACAGCCCCCCAGGCGCGCCGCCUCCCCAACCGACGGGCUCACCGGCGCAGCGGACUAAGGCCGAGGCGCUCGCCCAACAGCCGGGACAACGGCGCAAGACGUCGGUAGUCUCCCCCGGGGGGUCCAGCCAAGACCGCUCUCCUGAGCAUCGCGCCCCCGAGCGCCCGGUUCCGGACCCGCUCAGCUCGCAAACGCGCGCGGCCGCGGCCGCCGUGGCGGCCGCGCGCGGCAUCAAGGUCCCUGCCAAGCCGCGCCUGGCGGAGGGAGUCGAACUAGACGCGGCGACGCUGGAGCGGCUGACGGAGGCGAUCACCGAGCAGGUGCUGAGUCACCUGGGGACGCCGCGCGGCUCCACGUCCUCAAUCUCGUCCUCGCGGGGGAGCCCCUCCGGGCAGGACCGCGCGCAACGCUCACUGUCGGCCAGCCCCCUGCGCGGAGCGGGGUGGGGUCCCUGGAGAGUGCCCGCGCGGGGGAUUCCCCUGGACGAGGCUUCGCGGGACUCGUCCGGGAAGACGUCCCCCGGGGGGUCGCGCUCGCCCCGGGGCAGGAUGGCUUUCACGGAGUUUGCCGCGCACGACGACGGCUGGGCGAGAGAGGAGUCGCGGUUCGCAUCGGACCCCGCAUACCCCGGCGCAGCGGCUUCCAGCCUUCCAAUCCAGGGCCGACACGUGGCCGGCUUCCCGUGGCAGCUCGAGCUUACGCGCAGCUACUCCGAGGACGGCGUCGCUGCGCGGUACGAGAGGGACCGCUCGGAAGCCCGGGCCCCGCCCGGUGGCUGGGCUGACGUGGCCAGUGACGUGAGCAGCGGGAGCUGGUCCAGCUUCGAAUCCACGUACACCGGCGGCGCGCCCGGGUUCGACCGCUAUCGGCCCGAGGUGACGUCAGCAGAGGGCGACGACCUGCAAGCGCGGGGCGCGAACGGUGCCAGGCUGGCGGACGCGUCCGGAAAUGGACACUUGGCCGGCGGCAGGGACGCGCCCGGCGAGAUUGCGCGGUUCUUGACGGGACUCGGGCUCGGACAUUACCUGGACACGCUGGAGCAGAUCGUGUUGCCAACCUUGCUGACCGGCAUCGUUCGCGGCGCUGCCAGAACGAGGUCCGCACGCGAGACUGUUUUGCUCUUCGCUGACGUCAUUCUGCCGUCACGCUGGCAGGAGGAGGUGACGUUGGCGGUGCUGUCGCGCCUGACGUUGCAGCAGCUCAAGGAGGUGGGCGUGCACCCCCUCGGCGCGCGGAUGCGGAUCUUGGAAGCAUUCAAGGCCCGCACGCCGCACUAG